CCAGCGCCCGGGCGGACCACGUGCUCCCGGAGCCGCGUGUGCGCACCCCGCCCAGGGGAGGAGCCGGCCGGCUCCCAGCCACUCCACCAGAAAGCUGCCGGCGGUGUGAUCGGUCGCUCCCGGCUCUCUCCUCCCUCCUCACUCCCGCCCGCGCCUCUUCCUACCCCGUCCUCGGUCUCUUCCCGCCGCCUCACCCGGCUCGCCCGCCUUUCCAGUAGCUCCUGGAGAGGACCGCAUACUCGGCUACUCAGGCCGUAGGACCGGCUCUGGGGUGACUCAUCUCAGUUUCCUCCAGAACUGAGCCCUUUGCUGGACCCAUGCCCUCACCUGUUCCCCCAUGACCGGGUGGAUAGCACUCGUGCCCGUGACCCAGAACCCUGGCUGACCACAUUGAAGCAGGAUGCUCCAGCAGGUAAAUGGCCACAGGUCAAGCUGUGACACCCGAGGUAAGGAAUGCCUCCGAGAAGACCUGCAGGAGUUCCUGGGUAGGGAAGGCCCGCUGCACCAGCUGGAUGACCUCACCAAGGUGAAUCCUGUGACACUAGAGACAGUCCUGAGGUGUCUGCAGGCCCGGUACACGGCAGACACAUUCUACACCAAUGCUGGCUGCACCCUGGUGGCUCUGAACCCCUUCAAGCCUGUCCCUCAACUCUACUCACUGGAGCUCAUGAGAGAGUACCACACUGCUCCUCAGCCCCAGAAACUGAAGCCCCACAUCUUCACUGUGGGUGAACAGACGUACAGGAAUGUCAAGAGCCUGAUUGAGCCAGUCAACCAGUCUAUUGUCGUCAGUGGAGAGAGCGGCGCUGGAAAGACAUGGACGUCCCGCUGCCUCAUGAAGUUCUACGCUGUGGUGGCUGCCUCACCCACAUACAAGGAGAGCCACAAGAUUGCAGAGAGGAUUGAACAGCGUAUCUUGAACUCCAACCCUGUCAUGGAAGCUUUUGGGAAUGCAUGCACACUGAGGAAUAACAACAGCAGCCGCUUUGGGAAGUUCAUCCAGCUCCAGCUGAACAGGGUCCAGCAGAUGACUGGAGCUGCAGUCCAAACCUACCUCCUAGAGAAGACUCGAGUGGCCUGCCAGGCCUCCAGUGAGAGAAACUUCCACAUCUUCUACCAGAUCUGCAAAGGAGCCAGCGCAGAGGAGAGGCUCCAGUGGCACCUCCCCGAGGGAGCCACCUUCUCUUGGCUGCCCAACCCAGAGAGGACCUUGGAAGAGGAUUGUUUUGAGGAGACCAGAGAGGCCAUGCUUCAUUUGGGCAUUGACACCUCCACCCAGAACAACAUCUUUCAGGUCCUAGCUGGACUGCUGCACCUUGGCAACAUCCAGUUUGCUGACUCCGAGGACGAAGCCCAGCCCUGCCAGCCGAUGGAUGAUGCCAAGCGUGAGGACAAGGGCUCUGUGAGGACCUCGGCCUUGCUGCUGCAGCUCCCAGAAGACCCACUGCUGGAGACACUGCGGAUUAGAACCAUCAGGGCAGGCAGGCAACAGCAGGUGUUCCGGAAGCCCUGCUCCCAAGCUGAGUGUGACACCCGCAGAGACUGUCUCGCCAAACUGGUCUACGCACGGCUGUUUGACUGGCUGGUAUUGGUGAUCAAUAGCAGCAUCUGUGCGGACCCCAGCUCCUGGACCACUUUCAUAGGCCUGCUGGAUGUGUAUGGAUUUGAGUCCUUUACCGACAACAGUCUGGAACAGUUGUGUAUCAACUAUGCCAAUGAGAAGCUGCAGCAGCACUUUGUGGCUCACUACCUACGGGCUCAGCAGGAGGAAUACACAGUUGAGGGCCUCGAGUGGUCAUUUGUCAGCUACCAAGAUAACCAGACCUGUCUGGAUCUCAUCGAGGGAAGCCCCAUCAGCAUUUGCUCCCUCAUAAACGAGGAAUGCCGCCUUAAUCGGCCAAGCAGUGCCGCCCAGCUGCAGACACGAAUUGAGAGUGCCCUGGCAGGCAGCCCCUGCCUGGGCCACAACAAGCUUAGCCCAGAGCCCAGUUUCAUCGUGGUGCAUUAUGCGGGGCCUGUGCGGUACCACACGGCAGGCCUGGUGGAGAAGAACAAGGACCCUGUCCCCCCUGAGCUGACUAGGCUCCUACAUCAAUCUCAGGAUCCUCUGCUCAAGGUGCUAUUUCCUCCUGACCCUGAAGGGAAGUCCCAGGAGGAGCCUUCUGGCCACAGCAGGACCCCUGCGUUGACUGUAGUGUCCAAGUUCAAGGCCUCGCUGGAGCAGCUUCUCCAGGUUCUGCAGAGCACCACACCCCACUACAUUCGCUGCAUCAAGCCCAACAGUCAGGGCCUGGCACAGACCUUCCUCCGGGAGGAGGUCCUGAGCCAGCUGGAGGCCUGUGGGCUGGUGGAGACCAUCCACAUCAGUGCUGCCGGCUUCCCCAUUCGGGUCUCUCACCAGAACUUUGUGGAACGAUAUGAAUUACUGAGAAUGCUCUGUCCUCGCACAUCCCUUAGCCCCCAAAACCCAUCUCCUGCUGAAGGGUGCUCAGAACGGUCUCCGCACAGCAAGGAGGCCGUGCUGCAGCCUCUUCUCCAGGAUAUCCUCCAUGCUCUGCCAGCUCUACCUCGGGCAGCAGCCACACCUGAUGGCCCAGCCAAGCCCACACCGGCCCCCGUGCACUGCGGCAGGACCAAGGUGUUCAUGACUGACUGCAUGCUGCAGCUUCUGGAACAUGGGCGUGCCCAGGUGCUGGAGCAGUGUGCCCGCCACAUCCAGGGUGGCUGGAGGCGACACCGGCUCCGCAAGCUGGAGAGGCAGAGGCGGGCUGCCGUGCUCAUCCAGGCAGCCAUUCGUUCCUGGUUAACUCGGAAACACGUCCAGAGGCUGCAUAUGGCUGCCACGGUCAUCAAGCACGCCUGGCAGAAGUGGAGAAUCAGAAUGGCCUUCCUUGCUUCAGAAGAACUGGACGGUGUGGAAGAAAAACACUUGUCUCAAGCUUCCCUUUCCCAGAGCUCCUUCCCACUGCCCCAGGCACGGACCAGGCUCCUGGGGGCAAUAAUCCACCUCUGGCCCCUGGGGCUGGUCCUGGCCAACGCGGCUGUGGGUGUACACAGCUUUCAGAGGAAACUGGUGGUCAGGGCCUGCCUCCAGCUCCCCACAGGCAGCCCCAGUAGCUGCAGCGUCCAGACAGCACAACAAAAACAAGCUGGCGUGGCAUCCAUCCGAGCACGGCCUCAGGGCUCCAUAAAGUUUCACUGCAGAAAGUCUCCACUGCGCUAUGCUGACAUCUGCCCUGAGCCUUCACCCUACAGCGUUACUGGCUUUAAUCAGAUUCUGCUGGAAUGACAGGCUGGGCCACGUGUGAUCUCUCACCUUCCAUCCUCACCUAGCUGGGUGAUCACUGGUGCCUUUAUUCUCUAAGGCCUUUUCUUGCCAGCUGUCUUGCCAAAGACAUUUAAUCAACCUCCCACAGUGACUCCAACCACACGAGAGGCAAUGCUGCCGCCUGCAUGCCAAGGGCUGCAGCAGUGACUGCACCACUAGGCUUGGCUCCUGUCUGCACUUCAAGCCCUGACAGCUGUCAGGGUUAGUAAGUACCAACCAAGGCUAAGAAAACAUCAGGACCACGGAGAACUCCACUAUACUUCACUACCUUCACAGAUAACUCAGCAGUGUCCAUCAGGACCGUGGGGCACCCCCUGGUCCCCACCAGCAGGGAAGUCAGCUUGAUAUUAGCUCUAAAGUUUUGGCUGGCAGAAUUCUGCAUUUAGUUCCUUAAAGGGAACAAAACUUUACUAUUGUUGACUUUUUAAAUGUAAUUUCAAGCAUUAGCUUAUAAACCUAUAAUGAGCAAUGCAGUGUACCAUACAACCAUGUCUUGAUUUUAUUUAGUAACUGAGCAAGUUUUAACUGAAAUGGGUGUGAAACUUGAUAAAUAUCAUUUAUGAUGUCUAUCUUAACUGUACCAAAAAUAAAACAUUUAAAAACAACCA